AUGCCGAAGAGGGAGUCCGGCGUGGUCAACACGUGGAACGUGGAGAAGCAGUACGGCUUCGUGUCCAUCAACAGCGGAAAGCCGGACGCGUUCCUGCACACCGACAACAUCCUGGACCGCGAGUUACGGGAGGAGGUUAAAACGGAGGGGCUCAAGCGCGGGGAGAAGAUCACGUUCGACCUCGAGCCGCCCACCACGGGCAAGGGCAAGAUGGUUGCCAUCAACAUCGAGGUCACCGGACGGGGUGGCCGCGGCGGGGGCGGCAGGGGCCGAUCCCGCAGCGGCUCGCGGCGCCGCGCCCGCUCGCUGAGCCGCAGGCCGCGGCACCGCUCGAGGAGCCCCGAGCAGGCGUCGCAGCCGCAGCCCCCGGCGGCGCCGCAGCGACAGCCGCUGAGCCGCUGA